AUGGUCCGGUGUGUGUGCAAGCAGGUGAAGGGCGAUGCUGGUCACAUCGCCAAUGUUGAAUACUUCGUUGGGUUAGAAGACAUGGCCGAUGGCAUUCUCAAUUUCUUGUCUCGGGAUUUGAUAUUUGCAAAGUGGCUUUCGACGACUCUGAAGUUCUCGCCGAUGCAGAUCUGUGCGUGA